AUGGGAUAUCGUAUAAAAGACAUGAUUCGCGAUCUGGGGCAAGACAGAUUCCAACAAGCACAUGCACCUUUGUAUGAGAAAAUAGAAAAUGAUUUGAAGAUGCCUUUCUAUGUUGGGUGCAUAGAUUUCACAAGGUUGUCAGCGGUAUUAGCUUUGGUCAACUUGAAGGCACGAUUUGGAUGGAGUGACAAAAGCUUCACUGAGUUGCUUGUUCUAUUGAAAAAAUUGUUUCCUAAAGAUAACACGUUGCCGAAGAAUCAAUAUGAGGCAAAGAAGAUUUUAUGUCCAGUGGGAAUGGAGUACCAGAAAAUCCAUGCAUGUCCAAAUGAUUGCAUUUUGUAUAGAAAUGACUUUGCAGAAUUGCGUAAUUGCCCUACUUGUGGUGCAUCACGCUACAAGGUCAAUAAUGACGGAUGUAGUGAUGAUGCAACCGCAAACAAGAGUUGGCCAGCAAAGGUAUGUUGGUAUCUUCCAAUAAUACCAAGGUUUAAGCGAUUUUUUGGUAAUGGACACGAUGCAAAAAACUUGGCGUGGCAUGCAGACGGGAGAAAAAGUGAUGGAUUGCUUCGACAUCCGACUGAUAGUCCACAAUGGAAGGAAUUUGAUUGUUUGUAUCCUAAUUUUGGGAAUGACCCAAGAAAUCUAAGGCUUGGCCUUGCUUCGGAUGGAAUGAAUCCAUUUGGUAACUUAAGCACCAGUCACAAUUCAUGGCCUGUUUUGCUCAUGAUUUACAACCUGCUUCCUUGGUUGUGCAUGAAGAGAAAAUACAUAAUGCUUUGCAUGAUGAUAGCAAGUCCAAGACAGCCUGGGAAUGAUAUUGGCGUGUAUCUGACUCCAUUGAUCAAAAAGUUGACAACAUUGUGGGAAGACGGGGUUGAUGUGUGGGAUGGUAAUGUGCAGCAGAUGUUUAGGUUGCGUGCAAUGGUUUUCUGUACCAUUAAUGAUUGUCCAGCAUAUGGAAAUUUAAGUGAUUAUAGUGUGAAAGGUCAUCACGCAUGUCCUAUAUGUGAGAAAAAUACUAGCUUCUUGCAACUAAAACAUGGAAAGAAGACAGUGUACACAAGGCACCGAAGAUUUCUGAAACAGUAUCAUCCAUAUCGACAAUUGAAGAAAGCAUUUAAUGGAUGUCAGGAAAAUGAAAGUGCUCUGAAACCAUUAGAUGGCAAAGAAGUUUAUGAUCGCGUCAACGACAUCGUAACUAUCUUUGGAAAGACACAAAAAAAUCUCCAACUGAGACAAACAUAUGGAAGAAAAGGUCCAUAUUCUUUGAUCUUCCAUACUGGUUUGAUCUUCAUCAAAGUCAUUGACCCAGCAAGAUUAGAUGAAUUGGAGAACGAGGCUGCGAUUGUCCUUUGUCAAAUAGAGAUGUAUUUUCCACCAUCAUUUUUCGACAUCAUGGUUCAUUUAAUUGUUCAUCUAGUGCGGGAGAUCCGAAUGUGUGGUCCUAUUUUUUUACGGUGGAUGUACCCAAUUGCGCAUUACAUGAAAGUGUUAAAGGGGCAUACGAAGAAUCAACACCGACCAGAAGCUUCAAUUGUCGAAAGGUAUGUUGUUGAAGAGUGUAUCGAGUUCUGCUCGCAGUACAUUGAAGAUGGUAAACCCUUGGGCCUUCCUGAAACUCGUCAUGAUUUGACAUCGGUGGGUAAGGGUACACGAGGAUUCAAUGUUGUGACAAUGACUCAGCAGGAGGUUUCACAAGCACAUCUAUAUGUAUUAAACAAUACAACAAAGGUUAUUCCAUACAUAAAUGAUCACAAAAAAAAACUCACUGAAAUGAACCCAAAAAAGAACAUGAUGAGGGUUUUGCAAGAUCAUAAUAGAUAUUUCAUUAAUUGGUUCAGAGAAACAAUAUUUGCUAAUGACGGUGCUUCAAAAAGAUUAAGAUUGUUAGUUGUUGGGCCAAACUUGAAUGUAGUGACUUGGAAAGGGUAUGAUAUCAACAACUAUUCCUUCUACACCAAGUGCCAAGAUGACAAAAACUCAAUGCAAAACAAUGGUGUGAUUGUUGAUGCUGACUUCAAUCACUUUUGUAGUGCAUCAGACAACAGUUUGAUUCGAGCAUCCAUGCCUUACUUUGGAGUUAUUCAAGAAAUUUGA